UGCCUGUUCAGCCUUCAAAGACUAGCUCUGGUACGUAUGCUUCUCUGCUGUGCUCUCCACUGCCAAGUCGGCCAUGGAUGACCUAAUCUGGGUCGCCUAGCGGCGUGUUCGCGUUCUGAUAUUAGGAUCCUCGUCUCCUCUGGUGGUUAGUCGUUUCAGACCUCGUAGGGAUUUUUUCGCCAUCGGGAUCUGGUUUUCCGCUAGUUUCGUGUUCCCAGUUAGGGGGUCGUAGCAAUCUAAUUCGCUUGGUAUCUCAUUAGGGAUUGUUGAGCACUUCGUACAACCACCCUGAAUAGUCGCUUAGGUUCUUAAAAUGGCUGGCGAGGAAGGCGCAGCAGCCGCGGACGGCGCAGCUGCAGCGCCGUCUGGCGCAGGCGGAGGGGGAGGAGCUCCCCGGGACGCGGGGGAAGCAAGCAGAGGCGCAGCGGCGGCUCCCGCGGGAGCCGGAGGCGGAGGAGGAGGGGGGGCGGACUCGUACAUCGGGUGUUUGAUUAGUCUGACUUCGAAGAGCGAGAUCCGCUACGAGGGGGUGCUCUAUACGGUCGACACGCAACAAGCUAACAUCGCCCUGCAAAACGUGCGGUCGUUCGGGACGGAGGGGCGGAAGAAGGACGGCCCUCAGAUCCCCCCGAGCGACAAGGUCUACGACUUCAUCAUCUUUCGCGGAACCGAUAUUAAGGAUCUUCAAGUCAAGUCGUUGCCACGUCAGCAGCAGGCAGCCCCCCCGCAACCCCCUCCGCCAGCCCCGCCCCAAUUUUCCCCCCCGCCCCAGCCACAGCAGCCUCCGCCACCCCCCUACCAGCAAGCGCCCCCCUACCCCGGGCCUCCCCCCCCCAGCGCCUAUGGCCCGGGUCCGCAGCACCCCCAUUACCCCCCUCCGCCCCCCUCGGGCAUGUGGGGGGCUCCGCCUCUCCCGCAGGGGGGGAUGAUGGGUCCCCCCCCUCACGGGGGUGGGGGAUAUGGUCCCCCGCCAGGCCCCCCUCCCCCGAACUAUUACCCCCCGCAACACUGGCAGGGGUAUUAUCCGCCAGGGGCGCAGGGGCACAUGGGGGCACCUCCCCCUCCCCCAGGUGGACCUCCCCAGGGUAUGCCGCCCCACAUGCAGCAGCAGCAGCAGCAGCAGCAGCAACAGCAGCAGCAGCAGCAGCAGCAACAGCAGCAGCAGCAGCAGCAUCCUCAGCAGCAGUAUUCGCCCAUGGGCGCGCCUCCGCCCUCUGGCCCGCCUGCGCCUGAUUCCGCGCCAGGCGCGCUUGGAGGGGGCCCUGGUACGCUCGCUGCGCCUGAAGGGGCUUCCGCCCCACCCGCGGGUCCCUCUGCGCCCCCCGCGCCUGCUUCCGCCCCUGCUGCGCCUGCACCCGCGCAGGCGCAAGCUCCUGCGCCCCCUCCUGCUGCCCCUCUCCCUACAGAUGCCCCCGCUGCCUCUGCUGCCCCUGCUGCGGCUGCUGCUGCUGCUCCUGCUGUUCGAUCUGACGCUGGUUCAGCUCCAAAGCCGGCUCUUCUUUCUCCUGCGGACCUUGCUAAAGCUGCUGCGCCCCCCUCCACCGUCCCAGCUCCCGCCCCUGCUGCUGCUGCUGCAGCGGCCAAGCCUACCGCUCCCCCAAGUGCUCCUCCCUCUGCCCCUGCCCUUGCCGCUGCCACUGCCAAGCCUGCUCCUGCUGUGUCUUCAGCCGCAGCUGCUGCAGUAGCGGCGGCGGCGGCAGCGGUUGCGGGAGCGUCUGGUGCAGUGGCGGCUGCAGGAGUUGGUGCAGGCGCGCCCACGCCUGCUGCUGCGCCCGCUGCUUCUGCGCCUGCUAUAAUCGCCCAGCAGCCUACCGGCUGGGGUGAGUCGAUCUCUGAGGCGUCGAAAAAAACCGCUGCAGCGGCUCCUGCUGCUGCGCCUGCUAUUAUUGCGCAGCAGCCUACAGGCCGGGAGACUUCGAGUCAGCCGCUGCUGCCUCUGCCUCCUCAGCAGUCCGCUCAGCCCAACGGCGCGCUGCCAUCUGUCCACGCUCGAAGGGGCGGGGCGGCGGGAGGAGGGAGAGGGCGAGGAGGAGGAGGAGGUGGAAGAGGAGGAGGAGGAGGGGCGUUUCACCAGCAGAACGUUGCAGCAUACGCGGAGGAGUUUGAUUUCAGUGCCAUGAACGAGAAAUUCAACAAGGCAGAAGUGUGGGGCGAGCUGGGGGGCCACCAGCAGCAGCACCCGCAGCAGCAGCAGCAACAGCACCAGCAGCAGCAGGCGCAGGAGGAGCGGGAGAGUGAGGAGCAGGAGGGGGAAGGAGGGGAAGAGGGAAAGAAGGCGUCCACCAACUACGUGAAGGACGACUUCUUUGACUCUCUCUCCUGCGACGCUCUCUCCAGGGCCGGAGGCGGCAGGGGCGGCGGCAUGCGUGCGUCUGACAUGAGACGCAUGGACACCGAGACUUUCGGAGAUGUGGGUCACGGCGGUUAUGGCGGUUACAACGGAAGGGGGGGGAGAGGAGGCCGCGGAGGGCACUAUGGUUACGCCGGCGGUUACGGCGGUGGUUACGGCGGCCGAGGCGGUUACCAGGGAGGGGGUGGUUAUGGUGGGAGGGGAGGCUAUGGAGGAGGAGGGUAUGGGUACGGAGGGAGAGGGGGAGGUGGUUACGGUGGUGGUGGGUAUGGGGGAGGCGGGUAUGGGGGAGGUGGGUAUGCGGCUGGGGGAUAUGGUGGUUAUGGUGGUGGUGGUGGCGGCGGCGGCGGCGGUGGCGGCAGUGGUGGAAGGGGGCGUGGUGGUAGUUAUCGUGGUGGUGCCGGUGGCGGCGGCCGUGCAGUGCCCAUGCAAUGAUGACCUUGUCAAGGCACGUUCACAAGUUAUGUGCCUGCAUCUUGUUUACUUCUGUUGGUGUUAACGAAGGGGACGCAAAAAGUGAUUGGAUCCGAUGCUUGUUUUCUUGGUUUGACCAAUUAUAAUAACAGCCAUCUCCACCUGCUGUCGUCUUAGGUUUCUCUUCCAUUUUAUUUUGUGCUUCGUUCAC